CAUAGAUAAUACGGGUAUUACUGGUAUUUAUGUACAAAUGGUAGAUAAAAAACCACUAUACAGUAUCGAGUAAUGAUAACAAUUAUUAAAACUCGUGCACUAACGUUCCAAAAGUUUCAAACUGUCGGGAAAGUUUACUUUUCUUCUUUAUUAGUAAUACUUGGAUUAGUCUUUGGAAUACUACUAUCCGCUUCGACAAUGGCAGAAAACGCAUCCGAAUUGCAAGUGUUGCAAGGCAAUAGCCAGUUCACCAACAAGAUGUACAAACUGCUAUCUCAGGAAAAGGGGAAUAUUAUUUUUUCGCCGAUUAGUAUCCAUGCUGUUCUUUCUAUGGCCUUCCAAGGAGCCCUAGGAAGCACUGCUGAACGUUUCGCAUCAACACUGCAAGUCCCUGAAGCUAAAACAGCAGCAGAAGGCUACAGUGAAGUAAUGAAACGGCUCAACUCCGUCGAAAAUGUAACUCUAUUAAUGGCCAAUAAAGUUUUCCUGAUGGCGGGAUGUAAAUUACUCUCUGGUUUUGAAACUGCAGUUACGAAAAAUUUCCAAUCUGAAGUGCAACUAGUGGAUUUUGCCAAAACCGAAGCAGCUGCUAAGACUAUAAACGAUUGGGUUGAAGUGAAAACAAAUGAGAAAAUUAAGGAUUUAAUCAAGAAAGAAGAUUUGGAUGAUUUGACACGAUUAGUGCUCGUGAAUGCGAUUUAUUUCAAAGGGAACUGGAAGAACAAAUUUAAUAAAGAAGAUACUAAAACUGAACCGUUUUAUUUGAAUGAUGUGGAUACUGUUGAUGUACAAAUGAUGCAUACAAAGAAAAAGUUUAAUUACAAAGUUGACCAAGCUUUAGACGCACAAAUACUUGAAAUGCCUUACAUCAAUGAAGAUUUAAGCAUGAUUAUUAUUUUACCAAAUCAGAAAAACGGAAUCGCUGAACUUGAAAAGAAGCUAGAAAAUUACAACUUGUCUGAAAUCACUCAAAAUAUGUGGAACACCGAAGUUAAUGUAGCUUUACCGAAAUUCAAAAUUGAACAAACAAUUGAUUUGGAAGAUUCUUUAACAAAGUUGGGACUUGGUGAAAUAUUUGAUCAAGAGAAAGCUAACUUUAAAGGUAUGAUUGAAUUAAGGCCAGGCGAAAAUUUGUAUGUCAGCAAAGUUGUACAAAAAGCAUUUAUUGAAGUCAAUGAGGAAGGAGCUGAAGCUGCUGCAGCUACUGAUGUGGUUGUUGAAUUGGAACGAUGCUUAGAAUUGCCAGAGGAAUUUUGUGCUGAUCAUCCUUUCACAUAUUUUCUAAAAACAUCAAGUUUAAAAACUGGGAAUUUAUUGUUUUAUGGAAAAGUGGCAACGCUACUAUCAUCUAUCCAUACUCAUGAAGAACUUUAAUAUUUGUUUUUUAACAAAUUUAAUGUUUUUAGAGAGCCUUUUCUGUCAAAAAAAUAGCGCAUAUUUAUUUAGAUAUGACAAAAAAUGCUCUCGGAAGAAAUUUUUUUCUGAAUUUCUUGUCGUCGAAAUUGAACAAAACUAGUUCUUUGUAAACUAAACACUAUUUGAAAUAUAUUUUCGUAAAGAUUGGUAAAACUAUCUACUACAAAAAACUACUGUUCACAAGAAGGCAAUGUAAUAUCUCAUAAAAUGCAAUUAUUGUAUUCACACUUAAAAUAGCAAAUAAAAAACAAAAAUUAUUUUUUGAAAUAAGUUAAAUGAAACUUCAUUUGAAGAUAUUGCUAACGUAACUAGUAAGUGCUUUGAAGAUGACCCCUAUGAGUGUUUAUCAACUUUUUAUCAACCUAAAGGUUGACAUUCAAUGACCCAGAUUUUGUAUUUGAUUCACUGCUAUAUCUAUGCCAUGCUAUCUCUAAGGCUGAUUUUUUUUUGACAAGAAAGGCUGUUCUGUAAUGAAAAAAUAAAUAAACAUAAGUAUUUUAGACUAGCUUAUUAAUUAGGCAAUUACACAGUUUUUUAGUGACCGGGUGGUUCUUAGUUUUUUCUUAUUCUGAAAAUACAGCCCAUCAGAAAUCUUUAUUACUUUACUAAAAACCCUAGACUUGUAUUUUAAUUCUAUUCUAUUCUAUUCAUUUUAAUAUUUUCGUAAUUUAUGAAUUAAUCUAAAUUUGAAUAAAAUGUUACUA